AUGAAGGACACUCUCACCGAUGCCAAUUUCCCCCGGACUACGGAUCUUCGUGUAUAUCACCUUGGACUACGGCCCGGAGAGGUUGCUAACAGGCUUAUUACCGUCGGCUCACCUUCCCGUGCCCAUACUAUAGCCUCCUACCUUGACGUUAUCCCUAAGCCUUUCCAACUAUCUUCGGAACGAGGGUUCCUCACCAUUACGGGGAGGUACAAGGGUGUACCGGUGUCUAUUGUCAGCAUUGGAAUGGGUGCCCCUAACAUGGACUUCUUCGUUCGCGAGGUUCGAGAAUGCCUUGUCGGUGACAUGCUAGUUAUCCGGUUAGGCUCUUGUGGAGGUCUCAUUCACGUUCCGGUAGGAACGGUAGUCGUCCCAAAGGCAUGCAUUGCUGUGACACGGAAUGUUGAUUUCGACUUUGUCAACCCAGAGGAAAACGACGAUGUGCCUUAUAGAAUAAGUAAACCGGUGUACGCAGAUCCGGAGUUCCAUGAUGUGGUACAUCAAGCCCUAGAAACCGUGAAACCAACUGGCUCCACAACCCCAAUUGUCGCUGGGAUCACUAACGCCUCCGCCGAUAGUUUCUACUCUUCCCAGGGAAGACAAACAUCGUUCCCAGACCACAACGAAACGCUCAUCGAGCAGAUCAUUGCGUCCACGUCUGACGUCGCCACAUUGGAGAUGGAGACACAUCACUUAUACCACCUCGCCGAGUGCUGGUCGAAGAAGCGCAAGGUGGCGAAAAUAUCCGAAGCAGCACUUCCGCCGCUCAGUACCGGUCCUGUGAACCCGGUAGCUUCCAGUGCUAAGGCUACGGGAACGUCGACCGAGACCCUUGCCACGCCUGAUACAAUCAUCCGUGCAGCAGCCGCCCAAAUGGUGUUUGCCUCCCGCACCUCCCAGGAUUUCAUCACACCGCAGCAGGUGCAGGACACAGAGAGGUGGACUGGGAAGGCAAGUUCCAUGUCAUAUGGUUCCGACGUGUCCAUCCUGAUGAAGGCAGUGUGUGGGCGCUCCAGUAGCACAAUUUUGGAAGAAUUGACUCAGGAUGGAUAA